GGCGAGUUUGUGAAUGAAUAUGUGGGCGAGCUAAUAGACGAAGAGGAGUGCAGAGCUCGGAUUCGUUAUGCACAGGAACAUGACAUCACCAAUUUCUACAUGCUCACUCUAGACAAAGAUCGGAUUAUUGAUGCUGGUCCUAAGGGAAACUACGCUCGGUUCAUGAACCACUGCUGCCAGCCUAACUGCGAAACCCAGAAGUGGAGUGUGAACGGAGACACCCGUGUGGGCCUUUUUGCUCUGAGUGACAUUAAAGCAGGCACUGAACUUACCUUCAAUUACAACCUAGAGUGUCUUGGGAAUGGAAAAACUGUGUGUAAAUGUGGAGCUCCGAACUGCAGCGGCUUCUUGGGUGUGAGGCCAAAGAAUCAACCCAUUGUCACGGAAGAAAAGUCAAGGAAGUUCAAGAGGAAGCAACAUGGAAAGCGCAGGAGCCAGGGUGAAGUCACAAAGGAAAGAGAGGACGAGUGUUUCAGCUGCGGGGAUGCUGGUCAGCUCGUCUCCUGCAAGAAACCAGGCUGCCCAAAAGUUUACCAUGCAGACUGUCUCAAUCUGACCAAGCGGCCAGCAGGUUGGUGCCAAAGUCUAUUCAGAGCACUCCUUCUGUGUAAGAAUGUGCAGAAUCUGAUGCCACUUGCUUCAGUCUGAGAAAGAAUGCUAUUUGUGAGCACAUGCCUACAGUCAAGAGGUCUGGUCCAUGUUAUUAUUUUAUUUACAUUGGUGCUCUGCCUCCAUCUAUGCAUAUGUAAUAGUGUCAGAUCCCCUGGAACUGCAAGUUACAGACAGCUAUGAACUGUGAUGUGGGUGCUGGGAUUUGAACCUGGGUCCUUGAAAGAGCAGCCAGUGUUCUUAACCACUGAGCCAUCUCUCCAGCCCCCCUGGUCCAUGUUCUUAAUCUGGCAAUAAGUGAAAACAAAGGCCUAGAAUCUAAAUUAUAGGGCAGGAAACAGAAACUUGUUUUAUUUCCAUUUACAUUCUUUUAUCUUUCCAGCAACCGGUAAAGAUUUGUUCUCUGUCUAUGCAUGUCUGUGAAGACUGAAAUGACAUGGUGUAGAUAGUUGAAAGUACGGCGCUGAAAGACAGGCUUUUCUGACCCCCAGGGCACUACAUGUUUCCUUUCCAGAGGAAGAGUGGGGGACGUAGACACUCAAAUGUUUAACUCCGUGAAAAAUGGCUGACGUGACAGCCUUUCACCGGUUUCUCUCAACCCUGCUGCAGGGCUCUCCUCUCUUGCAAUGUAGGCUUUCUCUUUGUGGUUCCAGUGGCUGUGUCAGCUGACGCAUGACAGCUGCUCAGGUAGAUGAAGUACUCAGGAAUUAAGUGUUAGGAGAAGUUGAUAUCCUUUGGGCAAUGGCUUGGGUCUUAGGAUUUUAGCCAUUUGAACACGGUAGCUCUGUGAGAGACAAACAAUAGAUGUGUAUGGAGCUGUUCUAGAGGGAAAUCAUUACACAUAACAAAUGCCUGCUUCUAAAAUGAAUAGAAAGUGAAGACCUUCGGAGGAGAAAUUAGUGCAGUGUGUUUCUGAAUUGGUUUUCUUUCAGUUUGUAUAGUCCAGUCUUGAUAUCACAGAAAGUCAAGUAGAAUGAGGGCAAGGCCAUUACAUUGAAAUGUCAGAACUGGGAAGCAGAG